AAGCAGGAGCGCACCGACACCCGAGCUGCGAAGGCGUUUGAGGAACGCGUGUGCGCAGUUACGCCGGUCAUUCUGCGCGCAAGGGAUCGAUCAGAGUUCACGGGUGGAAAUACUGACCCGGUGAUAAACUCUGGAUUCGGGAAAGAGAGAGAAAGAUAUAGAGAAAGACGUUCGUUUUGGUGAUGCCUGGCGCGCACACGCGCAGUGCACGCGUCAGAGCAGCGCGUUUACGCACGUCCCUUAACGCGCUCAGCUCCUUACCCUAGCGCGAAUUCCAAAAGGAAACCGGAAAUGGUGAGGAAAAAAAAAAAAAAAAAAAAGAAAGCUUUGUGGCUUAUAAGUAGCCAUGUAACACCUCACACGGGCACGCCAAGGCGCGCGCAACAGGUGCCCGCGCACACGGCGUGCCAGCGUCGCAGACAAGACGCCGCGUGGAUCAGCGUCGGGGGGUAGGGGAGGGGGCUUGGACGACUCGCGCACAGGUCGCCCGUCGUCGGCACGUCGUAAACUUUUUUGUAAACCGAUCCCGGAGACGCGACGCUCGUGGCGAAGAGAAGGAUAACGAGGCAGUGGAUGGAGGUCCGUGCGCGUGUGUCGGUCUGCUUUAGUAAGCUUUAGUGAGCAGACCAGAACACCACUGCUUCCACCACUCGUUCCAUCACUCCUUCUUACACCACUCCUUCAAUCAUUACCUCCACCUCUCCUUCCAUCGCUCCUUCCUCGGACAACUGACGUCAUGCGCAAACGGAACGCAGAGUAGAAAGCCUAAGUGGGCAGAGGAAGUCGGGCUCUCCUCCCACCCGCCUUCUCUCUCUCUCUCUCUCUCUCUCUCUCUCUCUCUCUCUCCAUCUCCCUCCCUCCCUCUCUCUCUUUCUCUCCCUCCUCCAGUACUUCUCAUACAUAUUACCAAAGCCUUUAAUCUGACGGCACACAUCACAAAGUCAGCUUCAGGCUUCAGGCUUCCCCGCAUUUCUUAGCUCGUGCAAGUGUGUAUUUGCGUGUUUAUGUGCGCGGGCGCGCGUAUGCGUGUGUGUGUUGCGUGUUUCCCCCACCCCCGCAACUUGGCUUUAGGUUCGUGUCUGAGGUUUUGCCAAGGUACCUGGGCACACACACACGCACACACACACACACACACACACACUGGUACACGUAGCAGUUUAUCUCUGCAUGGAGAACCUGCCUGGACAUCCCCCGGAGUUUAACGUGAUCCGUCUGCAGUCAUCGCAAACUCACGUGAAAGAGGAAAGGUGGAAAAAACAGGGUGGAUAAAAACAAAUCUUGAAAGACUGAAACCAGCUGCCGGACAGUGCAGGUUACAAUUUUUAAAACAAAAAAAACCGAGAAAAAAAAAAAGAGCAAACAAAAAAAAAACAAUUGUAAAAUCUUGGUGUCUGGAAGAGUUUCGGGUGAACCUGAAGGCCAGGAUGAGCAAAGCUGCCAGUUCAACAAGUGGCUGUUUGGAUAUUUUAAACGUCAAAUCCAGUCGCAUCCUGGAUAUACCGUGCAAAGUAUGUGGAGACCGAAGUUCAGGGAAACACUACGGAGUGUAUGCUUGUGAUGGAUGCUCUGGAUUCUUCAAGAGGAGCAUACGGAGAAACAGGACGUACGUCUGCAAAUCUGGCACACAGGGAGGCUGUCCGGUGGAUAAGACGCACAGGAACCAGUGCCGAGCCUGUCGCUUGAAGAAGUGCCUGGAAGUGAACAUGAACAAAGAUGCCGUGCAGCACGAGCGAGGCCCGAGGACGUCGACCAUCCGCAAGCAAGUGGCUCUUUACUUUCGCGGACACAAGGAGGUGAACGGAUCCUCGUCCCACUUUCCCAGCACAUCCAUCCCCGGCUUGCACUUCUUCACCACAGUCACUCAACUCGAGACUCACAGCCUGGAAUUAAACACCGUUCCGAACACUCCGGAGCGCCAGGGCAUGGUGGGGCUCGCUCAGCCUACUCCCAAAUAUCCACAUGAAGUCAGCGGAACGCCCAUGUACCUGUACGAGGUGGCCACGGAGUCCGUGUGCGAAUCAGCCGCACGGCUCCUGUUCAUGAGCAUUAAAUGGGCUAAGAGUGUUCCGGCUUUCUCCACACUCCCUUUACAGGAUCAGUUGAUCCUAUUAGAAGACGCCUGGAGAGAGCUGUUCGUUCUGGGGGUAGCGCAGUGGUCCAUUCCCGUGGACUCCAACACUCUGCUUGCUGUUUCAGGUAUGACGACAGAAAACACAGAGUCCCAGAGGCUAAACAAGGUGGUCUCAGAGAUCCAGGCUCUGCAGGAAGUGGUGACACGUUUCCGGCAGCUGCGGUUGGACGCCACGGAAUUCGCCUGCCUAAAGUGCAUCGUGACUUUUAAAGCUGUUCCGACGCACAGCGGAGCCGAACUGAGGAGUUUCCGAAACGCGAGCGCCAUUGCAGCGCUUCAGGACGAAGCCCAGCUCACGCUCAACAGCUACAUUCACACCAGGUACCCGACUCAGCCGUGUCGCUUUGGGAAGCUGCUCCUGCUUUUGCCGGCACUGCGCUCCAUCAGCGCGUCUACGAUCGAAGAAGUGUUCUUCAGGAAGACGAUCGGAAAUGUUCCCAUCACACGGCUUCUCUCUGACAUGUACAAAUCGAGUGACAUUUGAGCUUUUUUUUUUUGAGGACUUUUUAUGACAAUGAAAUAUAAAAAAAAAAAUCCUAGAUGGAAAAGUGACACCAUCAAGUAACAAAACCUGACUUACGACAAUUAUAGAGAAGGAGAACGGCUUAGAAUGCUCCCGGAAACAUCUCUCUCUCUCUCUCUCUCUCUCUCUCUUCAGACGGCUCAAAAGAAACCAGGAAUAAAGACUGUGAACGAGUUCUGUUCUCUGAUGCCGGUCUGAAGGAUGCCUCGGGAUGCCUAAUUCCCAUCUAAUCUUUUUUUUUUUUAAACCUACUUAUCGAGAAAACGUUUGUGAUUCUUUCCCUCCCCAAACAAUCAGACAAUUAUGAUCAGCUUUCGGACCAAUGACCAAUAGUUUUUUUGUGUUAUGUUGUUUUUUUGUUGUUGUUGACUCGUUGAGAGCUGUGGGUGAAACCAUGUGGCUUUCGGCGACGUACACUGUGUUGCCAAAAGUAUUCAGACACCCAGCCAUAUGUGCUUCUUCACCAAACUCUUACCAGAAAUUUAGACCAUGAAAAUACCACUUCCGGCCUGGAGUGGCAGAAUAGUUUAUAUAUAUAUAUAUAUAUAUAUAUAUAUAUAUAUAUAUAUAUAUAUAUAUAUAUAUAUAUACUGCCUUGCCAAAAGUAUUGGGACACCUGACUUCUCCAGCCGUGUUUGGUUUUCCUCCAAAACCGUUCCCACAAAGCAUAACGAUGCACCUGCACACAAACCAGCUCCAUGACUUAUCUGCUUUUUAUAGGCUGGAUGUGAGUGUGGAAGAUCUUGAGUGGCCUCCUAUAGAGCUCCAACCCUUUUGAACAUGUUUGGGAUUAAUGUUUAUACGGUGACUUCACCUCACUUCCUCACCUACAUCAGUAUCUGGCUUUACUAAGUGGCCAAAUGAAAUCUCAAACAUCUGGAACAUGUUCCAAUGGGUUGGAUGUGUGUAAAAGAUCUUGAGUGGCCUUGCUAUAAAGCUCAAACCCUUUGGGAUGAAUUGGAACACUGGCCCGGAGCACAAAUCACCAACAAAAUCUAGUGGAACAUCUUCCCAGACGAUCCUUGUUCAUAAGAGCAAAAUGAGACUCAAUGUGGAACAGGAUUUUAAAAAGGAAACUCCAUUCUUAUAGUCAGGUGUCCAUAAACGUUUGGCAAUAUAGUGUAGGGGUCCAAUUAAAGAUGCGGAUGGAGACAGGUUUUUAAACAUGGUGCUGAAAUCCAAAAGCUUGUAUACCUAAAGUGGUGAAUCCUACAUCUCCUGAACAUUCGAAGCCAAGGCUCAUAUCGAGCAAUCAGGACGAGAUCGAAGACAAGCUGGAGGACAUCAAAAAACAUUUCUUUAUGAACAAAUAACUACAUCUGCGUAGAACGUUGUGGGUCAGCAUCAAAGCAGAGGGACUUGAACAUCUCUUCAAAUGUGAAGUAAAUCGAAGAUGCAUAGGAGUUCAAGGCUGCUGAGAAACAACCCAUUUCUCAACGCUGUGGUCGGAAUAGAUCAGACCUCGUUCUGAAGAAAAGUCGGACUUCUCCAACCCUUCUCCUCUCCUCCACCAGCACAUGUGGAACAUCUCAAAGCUACAUCCUUUACAACCAUACUUUCUCAAUAGCAAUUGGUAUUUGAUUUGAUUUGAUAUGGUAUUUGAUUUGAUUUGAAUAGAAAAAUGAAAUCUGCCUGUUUUUUUUUUUUUUCUCUCUCCAAAAUUUUUGAAUCUUAUUUUCAUGUAGUUACUAACAAACGUCCGGAAACAUGUUCAGCACUUGUCUUUUUUUUUGUAGCUUGUAAAUAUAUUCCUUGUUGUAAAAAGUAUUAAAUUUGUGCAAAAUUGUCUAAAUAUUAGAAUAAAUAUUGAAUAUUA